GUGUCAUAGAUAUAAAGAAGCGAGAAUUAAUUGGAUUUUUGGAAGCUUUUUGUACAACCAAUACUGUUCAUCGAUUUGAGAUUUUGAAUGAGGACGAAUUAUUUGCUGUUAGAUGGUUCAUUAAUAAAGAAGUUAAUGGUAAACAGUUUACAGCCGAGGUAAUCUGCCUAAUACAUCCGAACGGGAGGAUAGUUUUCUAUUAUGAUGAA